AUGCUUCGCCUUCCGCUUCUUCUGACUAUAGUCAGCGCACGUCUAUGGCCUAUUGUGGCCGGCGAUGACAAGAAGUACAGUUUCUUCUUUUCUAUUGAAGUCACGGAUAGCCUCUUCUCAAAUAUAACUCCAGGAUGCAAUUUGGCUUUGACAGCAGAGCUCCCCGCCUGCCCGCGCGAGUUUCUACAGCUUCUCAGCAACGGAGCAUACUACUCGCUGGAGGGCCAAGAGUAUAUGGAUGUGCUCUGCAACUCGGAUUGCGCGCCACAGCUUGCAGCAUAUCGUCAGAAAGUAUUGACGGCUUGCGCCGGCGAUCCUCAACCACGUCCCGGCUUCCCUGCUACCUACUGGGUAGAUGCUGUUACGUCGGUGCGCGAGCUCAUGUGUCUGAAGGACUCGGCCACUGGGAAAUACUGCGCUGACGUUCUGGAAGCUGCGUUUCAGGACAAUGCAACUUCGACCGAUAUGCUCGGCGGCUUCGCAGACGAACAGCUUUGCUCCGAGUGCAUGGUCAACGUCUUUCGUCAACAGCAAUCUACUCCAUACUCCAACUAUGGCGAGGAAAUGAUGGAAGCAUUCCAAAGAAUCCAACAAAAGUGCAACUUGAACUAUCCCACAGCAUCACAGCCCCUGCAAGUCAAUGCGACGUCAUUGUUUAAUUACGCCCCAGCUGGAUAUGCUGUUGCCAAAUGCGCGUCCGACCGCACUUACACAGUGGUCAGUGGCGAUAAUUGCCUGAGCAUUUCGAAAAACUCACAUGUUUCGACUGGAUUUCUGAUCCUCAUGAACGGCUUGCGAAUCCUGUGCUUGCCACCUGUAUGCGAAGACUAUGUCAUUCGUUCGGGAGACAGCUGCGAAGCCCUUGCCUCUUCGAAAGCCUGCACAUUCCAGCAGCUUGUUUCGUGGAAUCCUCGUAAGCAUCCCCUCGAAUGA